GCACUCUACAUUCCCUCUAUAUUGCGUUAUAUAAAACGCACAAAACCUGUUUGCAUGGUCACAUUGGGUAUUUAGCCCAUAUUGCUAGCGCGCGACAAUGGCGUUGCUGAUGCUGAAUAGGAUCUAGAUGGCGGCUACUUGAAAGUUGCCACUAUUGUAGUGUUUUGUGGGCUGAGUGCCUGUAGGGAUUGCUGUGUGGGCUCGAAUGCACUAUAUAUUGUAGGUUGUAACUUCGCGCGACGUUGCGGACGUUGUGCCAUUUCACGCCAUUGCACUUUUCCCGCUUGUGCGUCCAUCAUGGAAAUAAUUGGCAACAAUGUCGUUGCCAAGGCAACGGACAAUUCGUUUGUCAAAUCACUUUCCAAUGUGUUGCUAACCAUUGUUAAGAGGAAUGAAUCAAGAAAAGGCGUAGUUACACGUUUUCACUCGAUGAAUGCUCCGCCCAUAUCGAUUUCGGAUUAUAUCAAUCGCAUAGCUCGGCACGUGCGCUGCAGCAACGAGUGCUUCGUUUUGGCGUUGGUGUACAUUGAGCGCAUUACGAGGAUACAUAAAAAUUUUGUGGUAUCUAUCUUGAAUGUCCAUCGUUUAAUAAUCACGGCUGUGAUGCUUGCUGCAAAAUUUAGCGACGAUGUUUACUUUUCAAACAAGUUUUAUGCUCUUGUUGGUGGUGUUAACGUGACUGAGAUAAACUUGUUGGAAUAUCAGUUUUUGAACAUGUUGAAGUUCCAGUUGUAUGUAAAUGCAAUGGAAUAUGAGAACUGCCGCCUGAGUGUUGAGAAGGCUAGUUACAUGGGAUCUUUGUCCGCUAAUAAUUGGGGUCUUUCAUGGUACAAACCUCCGGGCGCUUGUUCAGCGGAGUUCUCUGACAUGUCUGUUAUGGCCUGCUCUCAACCAUCCCAACCGUCGUUGACGUCUGGUACGCAUUAUUGGGAUGAGGGUGACAUGGAUCUACACAAUGGAAGCGCACGUGCUGGGCACUACAAGCGUCUUCCUUGUACAUCCAGUUAUAACAAGGGAUCCAGUUUCGGUAUUCCCUACGCAGUACCUAGCGUGGAAGAAUCAUGUGAUGUCUAUAAUGUAGGCAAUAUGGCAGAAUAUGGUGCGUCCGUGAACCGCUUCACUCGCCAGGGUACCAAUGCACCAACUAGUUACCGCGUGCUUUCUAAUGUACACAUGCCACAAAUGGCUCCAACACCAAGAGUGGGAAAUCCUUUUGUAAGCACGCCUGCGAAUGAUACUAUGCAUGUGAAUAACGAUCUAUCGGGCGUUUAUGGCACUCGAGUUCCAUCUGACUUAUACUACCCAUUGUCCAUAUACCCAAGCCCAACUGUCAACGGCAAACACUACGCUGACGGCAAUUUGGUUCUCCGCAAUUCAGGUGCAGUAAUGAAUCGGAUGUACACACAACACGUGGAUUAUAUGGAGCCGGAUCACCCUUGGUGGAACCAUCCCAAGCGUGCAGCACCGAUGGAAUCUAAGCCUGCUUACAAUACCGAGGGUCCCGAAAGUAUGGACGAAGAGUUCAUGCCAUAUGUAAACCCUUUCGAGAUGCGAAGAAACGAGAGGAUAAUCAACAAAUGCGCUCCACGAUCUGACAGCUGGAACUAUAAAGUUCACCGUCAGCUAUACCGGUUCCGAAAUUUGGUGCCUUUUAACAAAAUAAAGGAAGCUGCUUAGCCACGAAAUAGAUUUUGGUUUAAUAGUUUCCCCUUGUAU